AUGGAGAACAUGUCAGCGGUCGCCUUAGGAAGGCUUACAUCCUACGAGCAGUGGAAACCGUGGUUAUCACAGAUCAAGGUGAUAGCACUCGAGGCGGAUAUCUGGCAGCAGAUUAACCCAGAACUACUAGUUGAACCCGAGAGACCUCUACCACCGUUAAAACCUAUGCCCUCCGAGAUACGACAAGAUGCACAAUCUACGAGCGAUCUUACCAAUCAAGAAGUCGCUCGUCUUCGCGAUCUUCGAGGUAUCUACCAGCAAGAGCGGUCGGAAUACGAGUCACAAAGCAAGGCACGACGGAUGAUUAUAGGGAUAAUCGUAGCCACGAUAGACCCUAAGUAUAAAUCCUACCUUCUCGGCCAGCUCACUCCGUAUCAACAACUUCGAACCCUCUCCGAGCUAUUCCAAGCGUCCGACCGAACACAUAUCCAGAUGCUACGGCGUAAGUGGCGUAGCCUUUUCGAGUUUAGGGUUACGCACGAUACCGCAGAAAAAUGGCUUCUCGACGUUCACCAACAAUAUAUCGAGGGUAACGCAGCCGGCGUUCCAGAGAUUCAGCAUCAAGAGAGUGUGAUCUUCGAUAUCCUACAUUGUCUUAAGCAUAUUGCUCCCGGUUUUUGUGAUAUUUGGUAUCACGAGGUUUUCAACAAGUCACGCAAGAUUGAAGUACCCCGGUUAAUCCGGAUCUUCCAAGGACAACGAGAGUUUUAA